AUGGUGACGAAGACGGCUACGAGACCGAUCCCUCGGUCUUCCCAUUCACAUUCCCAUUCCAGUUCCCGCACUCCUCGAGCUACAAAUCCUCUGAGCCCUCAAUUAUCACAAGUCUCGGCGUCUGUUGGCCAGUCACUACCCCCAAACGCAGUGCCUUUUCUUCGAUCACCUGGCGCAGCACAAGAUGUUCGAACACCCUCGCCGAAUUACUUUGGGCUUGUUGUCGAUCCUGCCAGCGAAGGGCGAGAUACUGCUCCAGGUCCCGUCGGUUGGAGCCCAUCGACUUCCUCGAUAAUUUCCUAUCCAUCACCGCAAGUCAUUCCUUUAGAUUCAAACCGAGAAUAUGAGGCUUUUCGAAGGCAGUCGGAGGAACAUAACAACUUCAAACUCAGCCAUGGGAACCUUCAGCAUUUUGCAUCAACUCCAGGUGCACAUGUGCGUCCCAAGAUAGAUCGAAAACCUUCAAGAUCGGAUUCUCAAGAACAUCCUCCGUCUCCCAGAUCUAGGCCGAAGGCUCGCGGUGCUACCCCUGAUCGAAUGGACCUGGAUGGCGAACGACAAGCUCGAUUUGCGUCUCCAGAGCCCAUGCGACCUAGAGAGGCAUCUUUAAAUGCGCCUUCGUUUUUCGACAUACCCCGCCAACAAUCUCCUGUCAAUGUUGGUCCUCUUCCGGUGCAAAGGAAUGCACUCUCAAGCCUUGACGAUCGACAUCCUCGACUAUCAUUGCCUCAAAAUAAAGCGGAUCCUCCCUCACCACACCUGAGGAUUCAACAACCAGGCUUACAACAUCCCCGGGCAGAUACACUUCCCUCCUCUCUAGAAGAUGGACCUGUCAUGAUAUCUUCGGCCCAGCUAAGAGAUAUGAUAAACAGUAUUCCCGCUGGGCAACUCCUGUUGUUAGAUCUUCGCGUGUUCCCGCAGUUUUCACAGUCACGAAUACAUGAUGCUCUGAACCUGUGCAUACCUACAACGCUAUUAAAGCGGCCCUCCUUCAAUCUGCAGAAACUACAAGACACAUUUACCAAUGAGGCCGAAAAAGCCAGAUUUUCUCAGUGGAGGAACGCCAAAUAUAUCGUUGUUUAUGACGCUUUCUCUGAUGAGAAAAAGGACGCAACGUCAGCAAUCAACACCCUCAAGAAAUUCUCCAACGAAGGCUGGAAAGGGCGAUCCUACAUUUUGAGAGGCGGGUUCGCAUACUUUUCUAAGCACUUUCCGCAACUCAUUGAUCAUCGGUCGACUCAAGAAUUGCAGUCUUCAAAGAUCAGUCUCUCCUUGGGAACUUCAGGACCCGAAGUCGCGCCAGUAGCCGGAGGUUGUGUAAUGCCUGCUACUAAAAAUGCUGCAAACCCAUUUUUCAGUAACAUCCGACAAAAUCAGGACUUGAUUGGUGGUGUGGGCCAGAUGGACAUCAAAAUGCCAGAGGAAUUGAUUGCAGAAUCCGACAAGAUCCUUCCGGAUUGGCUCCUCCAAGCCGCCACAAAAGAAGACCAUGGAAGGAAGGUUUCUGAUAAGUUCUUGCGUCUUGAGCUUGCUGAACAGUCGAGGAUGAGUAGAGCUCUCUCUUCCGGCGUUUCUUAUGGCACACCUGCUGGAGGCACCAAAGAUGUUCAAAUCGCCGGCAUCGAGAAGGGCGGUAAAAAUCGGUACAACAACAUCUGGCCGUUCGAGCAUGCCAGAGUGAGACUCCAGGGUCGUUCGGACGGGGCUUGUGACUAUGUCAAUGCUAGUCACAUUAAGGCUUCGCGAAGUAAUAAACGGUAUAUUGCUUCGCAAGGCCCCCUACCUGCAACUUUUGAGGACUUCUGGAGCGUCAUUUGGGAUCAAGAUGUACGGGUGAUUGUCAUGCUGACCGCCGAAUCCGAGGGUGGACAACUCAAAUGUCACUCGUACUGGGCCAGUCAAGAGUACGGACCGAUGAGGCUUAAAAGCCUUUCCGAGAAGAAGGUGUCUCUGGAUACAAAGAGACAUCGCACGCCAGCGGAACGCAAAGAUCCGGGUCGACGACGUGCUAACACGACCGCAGAAAGUGCACCUGCUCCACAGCCUGCAGAGCCUCCUUACGCCAUUAUCCGGAAGUUCACACUCUCUCAUGCUGCACACCCAUUCUCGCCCAUGCGUGAAAUUACACAAGUUCACUACUCCUCCUGGCCUGAUUUCGGAGCGCCUGCAAGCCCAAGCCAGCUUCUAGGCCUGGUCGAACUAAGCAACUUCAUUCAGCGCGCCACCGCAGCACCUACCCACUCCCCCCGCUCUGAUGAUCCAGAAUCUGAGGAAGCUUCUCGACCGAUGUUGGUUCACUGCAGUGCCGGCUGCGGCCGGACUGGUACAUUUUGCACUGUUGAUUCCGUGAUCGACAUGUUGAAGCGCCAACGCAAAGAGAUGAAGAGCGGUGUUACGCCAAUGGAGGUGACCGCAUCGAGCGGAGGAGAUUAUAUGGGGAAAGGGAAGGCCCCUGGAACCGACAGCUCCGGGGGUUGGGUUUUCGACCAGGAUUUAGAUCUUAUUGAGAAGACAGUGGAAGACUUUAGGGGUCAGAGACUAAGCAUGGUGCAAAGUUUGAGGCAGUAUGUCCUGUGUUAUGAGACAGUACUGGAAUGGAUUGCUCAGCAGAGUUUUGGAGGCAGUAAGACGGGUCGGGAUCGAAGUGGUAGUGAUGCCACUGGGACCGACCGACGGCUCAGCUGA